AAGCCGGGGACCGGGGCGGGGAGCAACCACGGCGCCGCGGAGGCCCAGGGCCCGCGACGCUGCUCACAGCCUGGGCGCCGAGUAGCCGGGCCGGGCCGGAGUGCGGGCGGCGGCGGCGGCGGUGGCGGAGCAGCUGCGCCCCCCGCCCUCCCAGGCCCGGCGCCCGGGCCGCCGGCGAUGGUGACACAUGCGGCGGCGGCGCGCCGGCGGCAGGACCAUGGUUGAGCGCGCCAGCAAGUUCGUGCUGGUGGUGGCGGGCUCGGCGUGCUUCAUGCUCAUCCUGUACCAGUACGCGGGCCCGGGGCUGAGCCUGGGCGCGCCCGGUGGCCGUGCGCCACCCGACGACCUGGAUCUCUUCCCCACGCCGGACCCACAUUACGAGAAAAAGUACUACUUCCCGGUGCGCGAGCUGGAGCGCUCGCUGCGCUUCGACAUGAAGGGCGACGAUGUGAUCGUCUUCCUGCACAUCCAGAAGACCGGCGGCACCACCUUCGGCCGCCACCUUGUGCAGAACGUGCGCCUCGAGGUGCCCUGCGACUGUCGGCCCGGCCAGAAGAAGUGCACCUGCUAUCGGCCCAACCGCCGCGAGACGUGGCUCUUCUCUCGCUUCUCCACGGGCUGGAGCUGCGGGCUGCAUGCUGACUGGACCGAACUCACCAACUGUGUGCCCGGUGUGCUAGAUCGCCGCGACCCAGCAGGUCUGCGUUCGCCCAGGAAGUUCUACUACAUCACCCUCCUGCGGGACCCAGUAUCCCGCUACCUGAGCGAGUGGCGACAUGUGCAGCGCGGAGCCACGUGGAAGACCUCACUGCACAUGUGUGAUGGGCGCACACCAACCCCGGAGGAGCUGCCGCCCUGCUACGAGGGCACGGACUGGUCAGGCUGCACGCUGCAGGAGUUCAUGGAUUGCCCUUACAACCUGGCCAACAACCGGCAGGUGCGCAUGCUGGCCGACCUCAGCCUGGUGGGCUGCUACAACCUGUCCUUCAUCCCCGAGAGCAAGCGGGCCCAGCUGCUGCUGGAGAGUGCCAAGAAGAACCUGCGCGGCAUGGCCUUCUUCGGCCUCACCGAGUUCCAACGCAAGACGCAGUACCUGUUUGAGCGGACGUUCAACCUCAAGUUCAUCCGGCCCUUCAUGCAGUACAACAGCACGCGGGCCGGCGGUGUGGAGGUGGACGAGGACACUAUCCGGCACAUCGAGGAGCUCAACGACCUGGACAUGCAGCUGUAUGACUAUGCCAAGGACCUCUUCCAGCAGCGAUACCAGUACAAGAGACAGCUGGAGCGCAGGGAGCAGCGCCUGCGCAAUCGCGAAGAGCGCCUCCUGCAUCGCUCCAAGGAGGCGCUGCCCCGGGAGGACACAGAGGAGCCAGGCCGCGUGCCCACCGAGGACUACAUGAGCCAUAUCAUCGAGAAGUGGUAGUGGCGGCAGGGGCGGAGAGUGAUGGGCAAGAUUUAGCGGGGAGAGAAAUGGGGCCAGCGGUCCUUGCUGUUUGCUGUAGGGGGAAGCGUGCUUGUAGGAGAGCCUAGACCUUGAUGCGCAGGUGGGACCUCUGUCUGAGGCAGGUGGCCUCCUUGCUCUCCUGGCGCCCCCGUGCCACACUUAAAACUGAUGAAGAUUUGAAAAAGACUGUCGAGGGGACAAGUCCGCUCAGCCCAGACCCCCUUACCUACUUACUAUGCACGCACUGGCCCCAAUGACCAGCCCCUCUAGGAACGUAACUAGCUCCUAAUAGUCCCUCGAAAGCUCCUUGGCCUCUGGGGACCCUAAUAACCCAGUAUCUUGGGGAGCCUUUCCUUGAGAACACAAGCAUAUCUCUGAGGGGUCCUCAGACCUGGAGUCCACCCCCCACCCCCCUACCCAUCAAAGCUGCUUUCAAGGUUAGGGUCAGUGCCAGCCGUGGCAGAGAAGACUCGCGUCUGGUACCCGGCCGCUGCACUCUCUGGGCCAUGGUCAAAAUCCACAGGUCAUCCUGGCUUUGGGGAGCCAGGCUCGGCAGGAAAGAGAUGGACACCGAGAGUUCCCCCACCAACCCCUGUGCUCUCCGAUCCACUGCCCCCAGCCCCAUCACUGGGACAUUUGUACAAGGGCUCAUGUGCCACUGUCCCGUCCCCCGUCCCCGUCCCCGUCCCGUCCCGUCCCAGCAAUCCUUCAGUCCCGUGCAUAAAGCAUUCGUUGGCUGGGAUACAGGGCCACGCCAACUUGACACUGAAUGGCCAGGAUGGGGACUUUCCCAUUCUCAGCUAGGGUUGCAAGGAGCAGCUCUAAAUGCCCUUUCUAGGGCCUGUAUGCACAACCCUCCCCCACCCUGGCUCUCCCUGCAUCGUCCAACCAGGCUAUUUCCAGCAGCCCCAUGGGCCAGCCAGUGACCCUACUAGAAGCCAUGCUGCGCAUGUGCCCUACCCCAUGUGCUCCCUAGGAGGCCCUCUAGGGCCCACCACUCAGUGGAGGUGUCGUGACUUUUCAUGUAUGCAGACAGCUUGUGAGCUGACCCUGAGGCAGAGCACGGAGCCUCCUCCCUGUCUGUCUCACUCGGCACUCAGGCUAAGACGGGGUAGGUCACCACAGACAAGAGUGGGGGCCAUAUGUAGCAUAGCAAUAUUCCAGAUGUUGGCAGGCAUGCCUGCUACCCCAGAGAAAUGAUUUACUCUUCACGUGUGUGGUGUAGGGCCUACACUCAGGCACCAGAACUUGACCUUGGGGUUCACAGGCAAGCUGAGUUCCGGCGGGUACUGUCCAGCCUGGUCCAGGGCCACCUUCAUGGUGAGUGACCACACUUUGGAGGUGGUAACAAGAUGAGUUAGGAGGUCAAGGUCACUGUGGGAGGGACCAGUUGGGUUAGAUGCUCAGUUCAGAAUGAAUAUACUUUCGAGAAGAGCAUGGGGUACAUGUGGGGAGCCCGGUCUCACAGGUCAUGUUGGUCUCUGCCAGCUUCUGUCAGGAAGUACCCCAGCUCCACAGGGCCCCUCUUCACGACUUCCUGUUCUAUACAAAUUGGAAUAAGUUUUAACUUCCACCCCGCCAUCCUGGCCCUCACGGAAGCACGGGUCACUUCUCUGCCUCUGCUGCAUUUGAAAACUAGUCCCUCCCAUCUCAGGCCAGCGCCAGGCUGAGGAAUCCUCAGUCCCUCGACUGUCCACCCCUGCCUAAGGCUCAGGCCACCAGCUUUGGGGCACAGCUUCCUGGUACUCACAGCAUCUCAGAACAGGGUGCUUCCCCGUCCCUACAGCUCCAAGGACCCUGCCUACCCAGGCCGUGCAAGUGCAGCACCCUGCUGCCCUGCCGACACCCCCUCCUGGAGCGGGGAGCGGGGACCCCGGGACUGUCCAGGCAACGCGUCUGAACUGGAACUGUUCCUCUUGAACCCGGGAGCUUUAAAGCUUUAUUUAUUUAUAGCUUCUUAUUAAAAAAUAAAAAGUGUGGAGAAGGAGUCUUCGGUCAUUCGUACAGAGCAAUGAAUUGAUGAUGGGAAAGCAACUGGCUGUCUUCUAAUUGUCUGUGUCUAGGUGGAGAAUGAACACUAGCAAUGAAAUAAACCCUGAAAAGGUCA